AUGCGCAACGUGUACACGGCGCCGUUCCAGUGGUCGUUCCCCCUCAACCUGCCGCUUCCCUUUUUCGGGAUUUUUCCAGCGGGGGAGAUUGGCGCUGACGAGGAGAUGCCGUGGAGUGAUGAGAUUGACCACCGGCUGUUCCUGCCACCCAGCAUAGGCGUGGGCGACUACGUGCGCUUCAGCGAGGUUGCCUUCUUCCACAAGGCGUCCAAGACGCUCAUGGUGACCGACGCCGUCGUGUUCGUGCCCGAUGACGCGCCCGAGGUCAUCAGCAAUCGGGCGCUGCUGUACAACGCGCAGGACGGGCUGCUGCAGCGGGCCAUCGCCGGCGGCAAGACGCGGGCGGAGGUGGCGGCGAUCGCAAAGGAUGGUUACCCGGAGGAUACCCUCGAGAACCGGCGGCUGGGGUGGCAGCGCAUGUGCCUGCUGGUGCUGUACUUCAACCCCUCGGACCUGCUGACCCCUCAGGAGUCGUUCGAAGCCAUCAGCAACCGCCUGCUGGUGGGGCCCGUGGUGCAGACCCUCGUAUACUCCAAGGUGCCCCGCACCGUGUGCGACUGGGUUGACUCAAUCUGCGACAGCUGGCAGUUCAACAAGGUCAUCCCCUGCCACAUGGCCGCGCCCGUCAGGGCCGGCCCCGCCGAGUUCCGCGCCGCCUUCGACUUCGCCUACGAGGCCGCCGGCCGCGCCCCCGCCGCCGCCGCGCCCGCCGCGCCGGCCGGCCUGCUGGGAGGCCUCUUCGGCGGCCUGUUCGGCGGCGGCGGCGCCGCCGCCGCGGCUGCCAAGAAGCAGCCCCUGGAGGCCGACCUGCGGGUCCUCAAAAAUUUGGAUGACACCCUUGUCAAACUCGGGGCAGUCUACACUGAUGCAGAGACCCGGUAG